AUGGCCAAGAAGACUACCCUCACCGAGUUCGAGUCGGUCUUCCCCAAGCUCGAGGAGGUUCUCCUCGAGCAUGCGGAAAAGUACAAGCUUCCCAAGGAGGAGCUGGCGUGCUUUCCUGUGCGCCAGAGUCUUGAAAUCAACACCCUCGGCGGAAAAUGCAACCGCGGCAUGUCGGUCCCCGACUCCGUCUCCCUCCUACUCGACAAGCCUCUCUCCGAGGAAGAGUACUUCCAAGCCGCCACCCUCGGCUGGUUGACGGAGCUCCUCCAGGCCUUCUUCCUCGUCUCGGACGACAUCAUGGACAGCUCCAUCACCCGCCGCGGCAAGCCCUGCUGGUACCGCCACGAGGGCGUCGGCAUGGUCGCCAUCAACGACGCCUUCAUGCUCGAGGCCGCCAUCUACACCCUCCUCAAGAAGUUCUUCCGCGAGCACGCCUCCUACGUCGACCUCCUUGAGCUCUUCCACGAGGUCACCUUCCAGACCGAGCUCGGCCAGCUCUGCGACCUCCUCACCGCCCCCGAGGAAAAGGUCAACCUCGACAACUUCUCCAUGGAAAAGUACCGCUUCAUCGUCGUCUACAAGACGGCCUACUACUCCUUCUACCUCCCCGUCGCCCUCGCCCUCCACUGCCUCAACAUCGCCACCCCCAAGAACCUCAAGCAGGCAGAGGAUAUCCUCAUCCCCCUCGGCGAGUACUUCCAGAUCCAGGACGACUACCUCGACAACUUUGGCCUGCCCGAGCACAUUGGUAAGAUCGGCACUGACAUCAUGGACAACAAGUGCAGCUGGCUCGUCAACCAGGCCCUCGCCAUCGCCACCCCCGAGCAGCGCAAGAUCCUCGAGGACAACUACGGCCAAAAGGACAAGGCCAAGGAGGCCGUCAUCAAGAAGCUCUUUGACGACAUGGAGCUCAAGCGCCGCUUCGAGGAGUUCGAGGAGAAGCGCGCCGGCGAGAUCAAGGACAUGAUUAACAACAUUGACGAGAGCGAGGGCCUCAAGAAGGGCAUCUUUGAAAUCUUCUUGGCCAAGAUCUACAAGCGCUCCAAAUAA